AUGUUGAAGUUCAAAUAUGGAGCACGGAAUCUGCUGGACGCUGGUGCUGCUGAACCCAUUGCCAACCGGGCCUCCAGGCUGAAUCAUUUCUUCCAGGGGAAACCACCCUUUCUGACUCAACAGCAGAUGUCUCCUCUUUCCCGAGAAGGGAUAUUAGAUGCCCUCUUCGUUCUCUUCGGAGAAUGCAGUCAGCCUGCUCUGAUGAAGAUCAAGCACGUGAGCAACUUUGUCCGGAAGUAUUCUGACACCAUAGCUGAGUUACAGGAGCUCCAGCCUUCAGCCAAGGACUUUGAAGUCCGAAGUCUUGUGGGUUGUGGUCACUUUGCCGAAGUGCAGGUGGUAAGGGAGCGAGCGACCGGGGACAUCUAUGCCAUGAAAGUCAUGAAGAAGAAGACCUUGUUGGCCCAAGAGCAGGUUUCAUUUUUUGAGGAAGAACGGAACAUAUUAUCUUGGAGCACAAGCCCUUGGAUCCCCCAGUUACAGUAUGCCUUUCAGGACAAAAAUAACCUUUAUCUGGUUAUGGAAUAUCAGCCUGGAGGGGACUUGCUGUCACUUUUGAAUAGAUAUGAGGACCAGUUAGAUGAAAAUAUGAUUCAGUUUUACCUAGCCGAACUGAUUUUGGCUGUUCACAGCAUUCAUCAGAUGGGAUAUGUGCAUCGAGACAUCAAGCCUGAGAACAUUCUCAUUGACCGAACAGGACACAUCAAGCUUGUGGAUUUUGGAUCAGCGGCUAAAAUGAACUCAAAUAAGAUGGUGAAUGCCAAACUCCCGAUUGGGACUCCAGAUUACAUGGCCCCUGAAGUGUUGACCAUGAUGAAUGGGGAUGGGAAAGGCACCUACAGUCUCGACUGUGACUGGUGGUCGGUGGGAGUGGUCGCCUAUGAAAUGGUUUAUGGAAGGUCCCCGUUCACGGAGGGAACCUCAGCCAGAACCUUCAGUAACAUCAUGAAUUUCCAGCGGUUUUUGAAGUUUCCUGAUGACCCCAAAGUUAGCGGUGAAUUACUUGAUCUGAUUCAGAGUUUGCUGUGUGGCCAGAAAGAGAGACUGAAGUUUGAAGGCCUUUGCUGCCACCCUUUCUUCUCUAAAAUUGACUGGAAUAACAUCCGUAACUCUCCUCCCCCCUUCGUUCCCACCCUCAAGUCUGAUGAUGACACCUCCAAUUUUGAUGAACCAGAGAAGAAUUCGGGGGUUUCAUCCUCUCCGUGCCAGCUGAACCUCUCAGGUUUCUCGGGCGAAGAACUGCCGUUUGUGGGGUUUUCGUAUAGCAAGGCACUGGGGAUUCUUGGUAGAUCUGAGUCUGUCGUGUCAAGUCUGGACUCCCCUGCCAAGACUAGCUCCAUGGAAAAGAAACUUCUCAUCAAAAGCAAAGAGCUGCAAGACUCCCAGGACAAGUGUCACAAGAUGGAGCAGGAAAUGACCCGGUUACAUCGGAGAGUGUCAGAGGUGGAGGCUGUGCUUAGUCAGAAGGAGGUGGAGCUGAAGGCCUCUGAGACUCAGAGAUCCCUCCUGGAGCAGGACCUUGCUACCUACAUCACAGAAUGCAGUAGCUUAAAGCGAAGUUUGGAGCAAGCACGGAUGGAGGUGUCCCAGGAGGAUGACAAAGCACUGCAGCUUCUCCAUGAUAUCAGAGAGCAGAGCCGGAAGCUCCAGGAAAUCAAAGAGCAGGAGUACCAGGCUCAAGUGGAAGAAAUGAGGUUGAUGAUGAAUCAGUUAGAAGAGGACCUUGUUUCGGCAAGGAGACGGAGUGAUCUCUACGAAUCGGAGUUGAGAGAGUCUCGGCUCGCUGCUGAAGAGUUCAAGCGGAAAGCGACAGAAUGUCAGCAUAAACUAAUGAAGGCUAAGGAUCAAGGGAAACCUGAAGUGGGAGAAUAUUCCAAACUGGAGAAGAUCAAUGCUGAGCAACAGCUCAAAAUUCAGGAGCUCCAAGAGAAGCUGGAAAAGGCUGUAAAAGCCAGCACAGAGGCCACUGAACUGCUGCAGAAUAUCCGCCAGGCAAAGGAGCGAGCCGAACGUGAGCUGGAGAAGCUGCAGAACCGGGAGGACUCCUCUGAAGGCAUAAAAAAGAAGCUGGUGGAGGCCGAGGAACGCCGCCAUUCUCUGGAGAACAAGGUAAAGAGGCUAGAGACCAUGGAGCGUAGAGAAAACAGACUGAAGGAUGACAUCCAGACAAAAUCCCAACAGAUCCAGCAGAUGGCUGAUAAAAUUCUGGAGCUGGAGGAGAAGCACCGUGAGGCCCAGGUCUCAGCCCAGCACCUAGAGGUGCACCUGAAACAGAAAGAACAGCACUACGAGGAAAAAAUUAAAGUGUUGGACAACCAGAUAAAGAAAGACCUGGCCGAUAAAGAGACUCUGGAGAAUCUGAUGCAGAGACAUGAAGAGGAGGCCCACGAGAAGGGCAAAAUUCUCAGCGAGCAGAAGGCGAUGAUCAAUGCUAUGGAUUCCAAGAUCAGAUCCCUGGAACAGAGGAUUGUGGAACUCUCAGAAGCCAACAAACUUGCGGCAAACAGCAGUCUUUUUACCCAGAGGAACAUGAAGGCCCAGGAAGAGAUGAUUUCUGAGCUCAGGCAACAGAAGUUCUACCUGGAGACACAGGCGGGGAAGCUGGAAGCCCAGAACCGGAAGCUGGAGGAACAGCUGGAGAAAAUCAGCCACCAAGACCACAGUGACAAGAACCGGCUGCUGGAGCUGGAGACAAGGUUGAGGGAGGUCAGCCUAGAGCACGAGGAGCAGAAACUGGAGCUAAAGCGCCAGCUCACGGAGCUGCAGCUCUCGCUGCAGGAGCGCGAGUCCCAGCUGACGGCCCUGCAGGCUGCCCGGGCAGCCCUGGAGAGCCAGCUGCGCCAGGCCAAGACCGAACUGGAAGAGACGACGGCGGAGGCGGAAGAGGAGAUCCAGGCACUCACGGCCCAUAGAGAUGAAAUCCAGCGCAAAUUUGAUGCCCUUCGUAACAGCUGUACUGUAAUCACAGACCUGGAGGAGCAGCUAAACCAGCUGACCGAGGACAACGCUGAGCUCAACAACCAAAAUUUCUACUUGUCCAAACAACUCGACGAGGCUUCUGGCGCCAACGAUGAGAUAGUACAAUUACGAAGUGAGGUAGACCAUCUCCGCCGCGAGAUUACGGAGAGGGAGAUGCAGCUCACGAGCCAGAAGCAAACGAUGGAGGCUCUGAAGACCACUUGCACGAUGCUGGAAGAACAGGUCAUGGACCUGGAGGCCCUGAAUGAUGAGCUGCUGGAAAAAGAGCGGCAGUGGGAGGCGUGGAGGAGCGUCCUUGGCGACGAGAAGUCCCAGUUUGAGUGUCGGGUCCGAGAGUUACAGAGGAUGCUGGACACCGAGAAGCAGAGCAGGGCGCGGGCCGACCAGCGGAUCACCGAGUCCCGCCAGGUGGUGGAGCUGGCGGUGAAGGAACACAAGGCUGAGAUCCUGGCCCUGCAGCAGGCCCUCAAAGAGCAGAAGCUGAAAGCUGAGAGCCUCUCUGACAAGCUUAAUGACCUGGAGAAGAAACAUGCCAUGCUUGAAAUGAACGCCCGCAGUUUACAGCAGAAACUGGAAACUGAACGGGAGCUCAAACAGAGGCUUCUGGAAGAGCAAGCCAAAUUACAGCAGCAGAUGGACCUGCAGAAGAAUCACAUCUUCCGUUUGACUCAAGGGCUGCAAGAAGCUCUGGACCGGGCUGAUCUGCUGAAGACCGAAAGGAGCGAUCUGGAAUACCAGCUAGAAAACAUUCAGGUUCUCUAUUCUCACGAAAAGGUGAAAAUGGAAGGUACUAUUUCUCAACAAACCAAACUCAUUGACUUUCUGCAAGCCAAAAUGGACCAGCCUGCUAAGAAGAAAAAGGGUUUAUUUAGUCGACGGAAAGAGGACCCUGCUUUGCCCACACAGGUUCCUCUGCAGUACAAUGAGCUGAAGGUGGCCCUGGAGAAGGAGAAAGCUCGCUGUGCAGAGCUAGAGGAAGCCCUUCAGAAGACCCGCAUCGAGCUCCGGUCUGCCCGGGAGGAAGCUGCCCACCGGAAGGCCACAGACCAUCCGCACCCGUCCACGCCAGCCGCCGCGAGGCAGCAGAUCGCCAUGUCCGCUAUCGUGCGGUCACCCGAGCACCAGCCCAGUGCCAUGAGCCUGCUCGCCCCGCCGUCCAGCCGCAGAAAGGAGUCGUCAACUCCAGAGGAAUUCAGUCGGCGUCUUAAGGAGCGCAUGCACCACAAUAUUCCUCACCGAUUUAACGUAGGAUUGAACAUGCGAGCCACAAAGUGUGCUGUGUGUCUGGAUACUGUGCACUUUGGGCGCCAGGCAUCCAAAUGUCUUGAAUGUCAGGUGAUGUGUCAUCCCAAGUGCUCCACGUGCUUGCCAGCCACCUGUGGCCUGCCAGCCGAGUAUGCCACACACUUCACCGAGGCCUUCUGCCGUGACAAAAUGAACUCUCCAGGUCUCCAGACCAAGGAGCCCAGCAGCGGCUUGCACCUGGAAGGGUGGAUGAAGGUGCCCAGGAAUAACAAACGAGGACAGCAAGGCUGGGACCGGAAGUACAUUGUCCUGGAGGGAUCCAAAGUCCUCAUUUAUGACAAUGAAGCCAGAGAAGCUGGACAGAGGCCGGUGGAAGAAUUUGAGCUGUGCCUUCCCGACGGGGAUGUAUCUAUUCAUGGCGCCGUUGGUGCUUCUGAGCUUGCAAAUACAGCCAAAGCAGAUGUCCCCUACAUACUGAAGAUGGAGUCUCACCCGCACACCACCUGCUGGCCCGGGAGAACGCUCUACUUGCUGGCUCCCAGCUUCCCCGACAAACAGCGCUGGGUCACUGCCUUAGAGUCUGUUGUCGCAGGUGGGAGAGUUUCUAGGGAAAAAGCAGAAGCCGAUGCUAAAUUGCUUGGAAACUCCCUGCUGAAACUGGAAGGUGAUGACCGUCUGGACAUGAACUGCACGCUGCCCUUCAGCGACCAGGUGGUGUUGGUGGGCACUGAGGAAGGGCUCUACGCACUGAAUGUCUUGAAAAACUCCCUCACCCAUGUCCCCGGAAUUGGAGCGGUCUUCCAAAUUUAUAUCAUCAAGGACCUGGAGAAGCUCCUCAUGAUAGCAGGAGAAGAGCGGGCUCUGUGCCUUGUUGACGUGAAGAAAGUGAAGCAGUCCCUCGCGCAAGCUCACCUUCCCGCCCAGCCCGACAUCUCCCCCAACGUUUUCGAAGCCGUGAAGGGCUGCCACUUGUUUGCCGCCGGCAAGAUUGAGAACGGGCUCUGCAUCUGUGCAGCCAUGCCCAGCAAAGUUGUCAUUCUCCGCUACAACGAAAACCUCAGCAAGUACUGCAUUCGGAAAGAGAUAGAGACCUCAGAGCCCUGCAGCUGCAUCCACUUCACCAAUUACAGUAUCCUCAUCGGAACCAAUAAAUUCUACGAAAUUGACAUGAAGCAGUACACGCUUGAGGAAUUCCUGGAUAAGAAUGACCAUUCCUUGGCGCCUGCUGUGUUUGCCUCCUCUUCCAACAGUUUCCCUGUCUCGAUCGUGCAGGUGAACGGUGCAGGGCAGCGGGAGGAAUACCUGCUCUGCUUCCACGAAUUUGGGGUGUUCGUGGAUUCUUACGGCAGACGUAGCCGCACAGACGAUCUCAAGUGGAGUCGCUUACCUUUGGCCUUUGCCUACAGAGAACCCUAUCUGUUUGUGACCCACUUCAACUCACUCGAAGUCAUUGAGAUCCAGGCACGCUCCUCUCUGGGGACUCCUGCCCGAGCGUAUUUGGAAAUCCCGAACCCACGCUACUUGGGCCCUGCAAUUUCCUCAGGAGCGAUUUACCUGGCGUCCUCAUACCAGGAUAAAUUACGGGUCAUUUGCUGCAAAGGAAACCUCGUGAAGGAGUCUGGCACUGACCACCACCGGGGCCCCCCCACCUCCCGCAGUAGCCCCAAUAAGCGAGGCCCGCCAACUUACAACGAGCACAUCACCAAGCGUGUGGCCUCUAGCCCGGCGCCACCGGAAGGCGCCAGCCACCCGCGAGAGCCAAGCACACCGCACCGCUACCGGGAGGGGCGGACGGAGCUGCGCAGGGACAAGUCUCCUGGCCGCCCCCUGGAGCGGGAGAAGUCCCCAGGCCGGAUGCUCAGCACGCGGAGGGAACGCUCCCCUGGGAGGCUGUUUGAAGACAGCAGCCGGGGCCGGCUGCCUGUGGGAGCCGUGAGGACCCCACUGUCCCAGGUCAACAAGGUCUGGGACCAGUCUUCAGUGUAAAUCUCAGCCAGGAAAACCAACUUCUCAUCUUAAUCUGCAGGAAAACACCAAACACUCUAAGGAACUCUGCUGAAGGGGCCCUCAGCACCCAUCUGCUCAGCUACCCCAAGGCACAGCUGGGCCCAGAGCCACCUCAGUGUGGACACCCUGCAUCCAGGCGAUGCAGCGGCCGAGGCUCUUAGGAGCUGUCAGCGCCUUCCUGCAGUCAUCCUC